AUGAAUCCUGCUCUAGUGGUGCUGGUCUUGUCUUUGCUUGCCUCCGCAGCAGCUCAGCCGUACGAGCACUAUGACAUGGGCUGGGUGAACGGCUACCGCCAGGGCUUCAACUUCCAGUGUCCCCACGGUGAGGUUCUUGUUGCUAUCAGGAGCUACUUCAGUGAGACGGAUGGCUCAGACCGCCUGUGGUCCUUUGAGUGCCAGCCCACACCUGAGGGACUGGGGUCGCCCAGUGACUGCUGGUGGGACGACAUCAACCGUGCUGGUCUAGAGUGGACAUCUACAUGCACCCGCAAUGGCUUGGUGGCAGGAGUUCAAAGCAAAUACUUUGAAUCUGUUCUGGACCGGGAAUGGCAGUUCUACUGCUGCUACUACAAACGCCGCUGCCCAUAUUCCUGCAUGAAGACCACUGAGAUUCCUGAAACCUACAGAGAAGAGGGAGAGAUGGUUGUUCCAAGUUACGGCUACUUCAUCCGAGGAGCCCAGACCACCUUCAGCGGAGUCCUCAGAGAUCGUCAGUGGAAGUACAUCUUGUGCAGAAUGACAGACUUUGACUGUGAAUUUGAGAAUGUAUAG